AGUGUUACAAGUGGAUCAAACAAAGAUGGACCGAACCUCAGUGUCUGAGUUAGAGAAAAUCAACAAAAGUGCCGUUGAAAAUGGAAGUGAUGUGACGAAAGAGAAUUAUUAUUCAAAAGAAAAUAACCAUAUUCGAAGACAGGCUUUUAUAGUACUCGGCACAUUUUUGUUGACACUCAGCGCAGGUGCAACGGCAGGGUUUUCUGCAGUCCUUAUUCCGCAACUACAACACGCAAAGGGACAUAAAAAAUACUCUACCGAGAUGGUGUCUUGGGUAGCGGCUAUUUCGUCACUGGCUUUAUUAUUCGGUAACAUGAUUUCAGGAUAUCUAAUGGAUAGAUUGGGUAGAAGAUCAUCUCAAAUGCUACUUUCAUUGUUUUAUAUUGGAGGAUGGAUAACAAUAGCAAUUACGACUAAUAUACAUCUAAUUUUGGUUGGAAGAUUUAUAACUGGCCUUUGUCAGGGAUGGUUGGGUCCCCUUGGGCCAGUUUUUGUGGGAGAAAUAAGUUCGCCGGCAUAUAGAGGUUUGUUCUUAGCAAGCUUGUCAUUGAGCAUUGCUUUCGGAGUGUUCAUGUCACAUCUAUUUGGAACGUUGCUGCACUGGAGUCAUGCAUCUUUGCUUUGUGGAACUUUUCCUCUAAUUGGAUGCAUUAUACUGUAUUAUGCCCCAGAAUCACCAGCGUGGUUUGCCUCAAAGAAUCAAAUAAACAAGUGUAUUAAAUCAUUCCAAUGGUACAGAGGUACUAGUCCAUCUAUGAAAGAAGAAUUAGAUAAAAUGAUAUUAGAACAUACAAAGAAAGUUCAUAAAAGAAGCAAGAUUGAAACCUUGAAAACAAACAUCAGUAAACCCGAGUUUUGGAAACCUUUAUGUAUUAUGCUCGUGUUUUUUGCAAUAACUCAACUCUCAGGGAUAAACGUCUUUUGCGCUUACACAACUGAGAUUAUGGAAGUUUUAUUAGGUAGUAAAACUAACACAUAUGCGGCCAUGUUGGGAAUAGAUAUAUUGCGAUGCGUGGCUUUACUCACAGCCUGUAUCAUGCUAAGAAGAUUGGGUCGAAGACCUAUUGCAAUAUUUAGUGGAACCUUUACAUCAUUAUCCCUUAUAAUUUUAUCAAUUUAUUUAUACUUAGUGGAAGCUAAUGUUAUAAAACAAGUCACGCCUGUAAUAUCGUUAGGAUUAACAGCAGUGUAUAUUGUUGUGUCACACAUAGGUAUAGGCCCCCUUCCUUGGAAUAUGGUUGGAGAAGUAUUUGCAUCGGAAACAAAAGGCAUAGGUUCAGGUUUAAGUGUUAUGAUGACGUCAGUUUUUUUCUUUGGUACAGUAAAAACCGCGCCAGCAAUGUUUAAAAAUAUAGGACAUUACGGUACUUAUUUAUUUUAUGGAAUGUCAACAUUAAUUGGUACGAUAUUUUUGUAUUUCUGUCUUCCCGAAACAAAAGGAAAAACUUUAUUACAAAUAGAAGAACGCUUUAGGCAAGAAAAGAAAGAUAAUAGAAACCAUUUGAGAUUCAUUAAUUUAAUUAACUUGUAAAUACGUAGUAGGAGUAGUAAUGAUCAUACCUACGCUCUCGAGCAAAAAUACUGGAUGCGCUAUUAUGGAGUUUUUUCUGUUAUGUUAGAUUCAUAGUCUAUAGGUUAGAAUUCACCUUGAUAAUUUUUUCACAUUUAUCUAGCUUUAUUAUCGAGGUAUAAUAAGAUAUAAUAACACUUUUAUUGCAUGGAAAUUCACGAGCUUGAUAAUGACCAGAAAAAUAUCUUUUUACUUCUCAACAAAACACUUUUUUUUUGGUAAUAUAAUAUAACAUUAGUCAUUGUAACAGUAUUGGCGUAAACAAAUAUUAAUAAAGUGCUAUUACUAUAAUUUUGUAGCUUUAUUUUAAGUAAAAUCGAUCUAUAAUGAGAUUUAAAGUUCUUUUGUGAUUAUUUAUUUUUAUUGUAUUAUGUAUUAACAUUUACGUAUGCUCUAUUAUAUGGUAGUCAUUUC